AUGUCAAGCAAGCUCACCCUGAUCCACGUCCCAGUCGGCAACAACCCAGCCAGGAUCCGGCUCCUCAUCUACCUCAAGGGCCUCGAGGACCAGAUCGACAUCAGUACGCCGGCCGACUAUGGCGGCAUGAGCAGCGACGCCUAUCGGGCGCUCAACCCGCAAUGCAAGAUCCCGACGCUGCUCCUUCCAGACGGAAGCGCGCUCUACGAGAGCCGGGCGCGUGCCCGCGCCCUUCUUCUCAACUCGAUCCACGACCUGUACAUCGCGUCGCCAAACUCGUCCGACCCGGCGGUGACCGCCAACCAGGGCUGCGGCUACAAGGGCGUCGAGCUGAUCGACGCGCCGGCACGCGCCGCCAAGCUGAGGGAAGUGGCCAAGCAGGUUGGCGUGCUCGAGGGGCUCGUCGUCGGCCCUUACGCCGCCGGCGCCGCGCUGACCGAGGCGGACUGCGCCCUCUAUCCCACCCUCGCGCUGCUGCUCCCCUUUUGCCUCGAGCACGCCUUUGGCUGGCCGACUCUUGUGGGAGCCGAGCACCCGCGGCUGGCCAAGUGGCUGGCCGAGAUGGAAAAGCUGCCCGCGGCGCAGCGCGUGAGGGCGGAGGUGGAGCCGGCGCUGCAGGGCUGGCUCCACGCCGGCCGCUUCGAGCCGAUCCGCGCGCAGGUGGCGGCCGCCGCGUCUCUCGCAUGGGAUCGCGAGGCGGUGAUGGCGAGUCUGUGA